AUGUUGCAUCGUAGACUGCGCCUCCUGCUCUAUGUAAGCUACAGCCAGCUGCUCCUCUACGGCCUGCUGCCGGCGACACUGCACGCCAGCGACGGCAAUGUGAGGCUGAGCAAAGUGUCCGCAGGAUAUCUGAUCUACAGCAUAUGCCCGGCCCUAUUCCUGUUGCUGGAGACGCCGUUCAUGAUGGCCAGCGGCCUCUUUGGCGCCUACAUGAGAAACAAUAUUGUGCUGCAAUGGGGUCAGAUGCUGACGUUGUCCUUACGCAGUGUCGCCGUGCUCAGUUGCUAUGGCGUCGUUUGGCUGCACCGCCGACGGCUGAUUCAGCUUUACGCCGACUUCCUGCAGCGCUGGCAGGCCCAUUGGCCGACUCUGUGCCGAGUUAAUGGUGCGAAGGCCCUGGAGCGAAUGCAAUUGGAAUUGGCUGGACAAAUGCUAAGGUUGCUGUGCGUUAAUUACUCCAUGGUCUUCUUCUCGCUCCUAAUGCAGUAUCGCCUGGCCGCCAAAGCAAGUCUGCUGUAUCUGCUGUUUCGCACUGCCUCCAUGCUAAUGCUUUCGGCGGAGCGAGUCGCCUUCAUAACGUUGCUGCUGCUGCUCAAUCAUCAGUUUCGAGCUGUCCAGCUGGCACUGCAGGCGCUAAGCCGGGGCGCAGGAUCUCGCUGCUCCCAGGCAGAUCUGAGGCGCAUCGCCGACAUACACAACGACUGGCUUCGGCUGGCCAGACGCUUCUUCAGCAUCCAUGAUCUGGCCAAUGCCAGCAUCUUUGCCAACAUGUUUGCAGUUAAUGUCAACAUUCUGUACCACGCCGUCCAGUUCGGCAACAAGACCAUCAAGUCCAACUACGUGGACAUUAUCAUGGGCGAAGCACUGGUGAGCCUCAACAUAUGGAAUUCAGUUGUGGUCAUGAAUCUACUGGACACCACAUUACGCUCUUGCAACUACUCAGCUCUGCUGCUGCGUCAAUUCAACGAUCUACCUCGCCUGAGCCCCGAGUCCCAGCGAGAGCUGGAACUCUUUGCCAAUCGCCUGCGCAACAAUCGCCUGGUCUAUCGAAUCUGCAGCUGCGUGACCCUCGAUAAGCCUGCCUGCUUGAGUUACAUGUCCGCUGUGCUGACCCAUGUGAUUGUGCUGAUGCAGUUCGAUCUGAAGCGACGCCAUGAGCAAGGACUGCAGUAUGACGACUUCUUCAAAGAAUAG